AGACCCAAGAACUUUCCGAUUAAUGUAAACACCAAUCAAACACCCUCACGUUCUUUCAUGCAACAUGUUGCCCACAAAACCCCACCUUUUUAUUCUUCCACUACCAAAUUUAAAUCCAAUUUCUACUAACAGUGAAACUUUUAUUAAAUUUCGCCGACAAUAAAAUAUGCUUAUUUAAUUAAUUUCUUCACCUUCCAGUUGUAUAAUUUGACUUUUUAAAAGUCGCCAAAGAGAAGAGCGCAUGAAAGCGAAAAUGGAGAGAAGCGCUUUUCUCUUCGCCGCGCUUUUGCUUGCCGUGCUUUCUCCGUUUUCUCGGGCAGCUGACCUGAAAGGCUCGUUCGAUGACAACUUCAGCAAAAGCUGCCCGGAGAGGAACUUCAAGACCUCCGAAGGCGGGCAGAUCUGGCACCUCUCCCUCGAUCAUGAUGCAGGUUGCGGGUUUAUGACGAAGCAGAGCUACAGAUUCGGGUGGUUCAGCAUGAAGCUGAAGCUCGUCGCAGGGGAUUCUGCCGGAGUCGUCACUGCUUAUUAUAUGUGCUCGGACUGCUCGGAAAAAGGAGUGGGGCCGGAGAGGGAUGAGGUGGAUGAUGAUUCCGCGAAUUUUUGAUGAUGAUAAAUGCUCGUAAAAAUAAAUUACGACACCGAGAAUUUUACGUGGUUCGAUUUACUGAGGUAAAUCUACGUCCACGGGGAGAAAUGGGGGCAGGUUU